AUGCCUUCGCGUGAAGAAGCAUCCGAUGAGUGUCGGGUUUUGACGUUGGGAUCAUCAUCAUCCAACCAAAACUACUCAUGGAGAAGGAUAAGAACCAACUGUACUCAUCGUCCUUUUGUUUAUGGACAGUGCAUCAACGGUGUUCUAUACUAUCAAGCCCAACUUGGUGGUGGUUCAGGUUCAGGACGAGCAAUCAUGAGGUUUGAUGUAAGAUCUGAAAAGUUGAGUGUGAUAAGUCUUCCAUGGGAUGGAUAUUGGAAGAUGAGGAUAACAACUUAUGAAAGAAGGUUUGCUUGUGUUGGUUCCAUUGAGAAUAGUAUUUCAAUGUGGGUUUUGGAGGAUGCAGAGAAGCUCAAAUGGUCGAAUCAUAUCUUUUUACCUCUUUCUCACUAUGAUCAGGUUUUGGGAGUAGAUUUCAAACUAGUGGGUAGCAAUGAUGAGUCCGGUGUUUACGUGCAAACCAAGCUAUCCAAAUCUUUUCAUGUCAUAUAUAUUCAUCCGAAGAGAAAGACGUUUAAGAAGGUUGAAUAUAGCGGGAUUGUGGAUGAUGAUUUUAGGAAACACCAUGGACUUGGAGACGGACGUCUGCAUGAGCUCCAAGUUUUCCCCAAUCACAUUGAAACUCUUUUGUCUUACUGA